UUUGUAUAACAGUGUCACGAAUGCUACACAUAACAGAAACGGAAGUUGACAAGCCCACCACCGAACAAACGCACACAAAGAUUGGAACCCUCCGCGCCUUUCGCAUUUCAUGGCGUCGCCCGUCUCUCCCUGUGGAACUGUGCGUGUCACCGUGUUGUUGACCUGUAAUGCGAUCGUUUAACUCGACAAGACACCGCGGUUAACACCGUGUCGCUUGAGCCCCGAGCCCCGAGCUCGCGUCCAUGCUGCGCAAGAUGCGGGUCACGCCGUGGAUCGACCAGUUCGUGCGCUCCAAAAAGGCCGGCAGCGCCGAGACUGCCCAGACGGAGUUCGGCAUCGCCCUUGUCAAAAGCGUUCACCCCACGUACGCCGUCAUCGGAGACACGCACUCUGAGAUCCACGCGGUCUUCUCGGACGACGUCCGCGAGCUCGUGCGGCUCACCGUCGGCGGCGACCUGAGCGCUCUGGAGAAGCGGUACGUCCGCGUCCUUACGGGCGAACCCUGCUUCGUUGUGGUUCGCGGCCGACGCAAAGAGGCGAUCGCGGUCGACCAGGUCGUCGUACUCGAUCAAGGCAAGUGUGAUGCGGUCGAGGCGAGCGAGCCACCCGAGAAUAUCACGUUCAAGUCGGACGCGCGGAACCUGAUAAAGGAAGUGGUCACGAAAAUGGUGACGCCCGAAAAACGCGCCAACCGCGUCGACGCGCUCCUGCGCGACAUGAAAUCGCGCAUGGGCGCUGCUCUGACGACCCCGCCGACGGCGACCGCGCUCAAGACGGAGCCCGUGGACGUCCAACAUAACGGCACCGAAGAUCCCGCGAAACGCGCGGGUGCCGUUGGAGCUGCCGUCGUCGGGGACCUCGGCGCCGACAGCCCUGAAGUGCCGUCCACAUCGGCGAUAAAGAGGCCCCUCGACUCUCCGGAAAACUCGCCCACCAAGCGGCUGCGCAGCACCAGCCGUGCUGCCAGAGUCUCUCUUCGAAGCGGGAAGUGUUACGCGAACGGAGAGGCAGUGGCGGAGGAUCCCGAGACGCUUCCGCCGUCGCCCAAGCGUUCCAGGCCGUCCGUGCCGUUGCAGGGAGAACCUGUCGUGCAGCCGGCCCCGGCAGCCGUGACGUCGACGAAACCUUCGACAUCGGCGACUCCCAAAGCGUCGGCAAAACCCACAGCAUCGCCGAAACCCACAGCAUCGGCAAGACCCUCGGCGUCGGCGAAACCCUCGGCGCGUCCGACCAGACCGAGAGGUCAGUCCCGCGCGGCCUGCCACCGGCCGCCCCUGUGGGACAUUGCCCCUCCGCUGCUGGACGCCAUGCGCAACUUGGUGCAUAAGCACUUCUCCAAGUGGACUUGACGUGCCUACCUCUUACCAGCAUAAGGCCAGCACUCCAAGCCGGCAAUCGUGCGAUGCUCUUGUACGGUCGACCUGCUAGUUCAUCCUGGAACCAACUGGUACUUUCUGCUCUGCACCGAUGGUGGCGUGCUCUGCCAUCCUCGGGCUACGAGCUACACAAAAGCCCAGGCCGAUCCCUGCCAGACCCUUCACUCAUCUGCCUCGACGAGUGAAUGAUUCUUCAUUUAUGCGUUGUAAUGUGUGCAGCUGUAGCUGCUGUAGUUAAGCAAUUAAGGUUUUAACGGGGAAACUAAUCAAUGAGUUAGAGGAAGCAAUCCCUUGCAGAGAGAGCCACUCUGUGCGGCAACCAGUCCAAGGAUGACAGUGAGCCAUUGGUGCGUCGAUGGUCUACAGAAUUCUGGAAUUGCUGUACCUGCUUCGCUCGUUUCCGUUCCCACCAUGCACGCAACGUGCAAACGUGUACGGACAGAAAGUAAAGACCCUCGACGUGUUUUCCUUGCAAGUAGCGUCAAAUGCGCCGGUGCACAAGGCUUGUGCAGCCCUCGGAAGCAAACUGCAUUGGAGCACCCACUUGUGGCACGUGUCUUGUGCGUUUGUGCAACAACGGUCGGUCCCACUAGGGCGACAAACAAAAACCAACAAGCCUCGAACACAAACAGCAUGCAUUCGAAGGCACCUUUGGCAAGCUUGCAAUCGCUUGUGCUUACUUCACGAGCACUGGGAGACUGCAAGCCUGCCACAGGCACCAUCGUGUGCAUGCUGCACAUGUUAAAGGCGGACGUACAAGUUACGCUUUCCACUUUUGUCCUCAUCCUCCUUUCUUAUAUUCUCUCCACUUUUUACCUUGCCCCAACUUGGCUCCCCUAGCAAUUUAACAUAGGGGAACGCUAAGAGGAUUAUCUUCCCUGCAGAAAACCGAGGUUGUACGUCGGCCUUUAAAGACUUGUUGGUGUUGCUUGUUUGUUGCUCUAGUGAGACUCGGACAUAAGAAACGCAAAGCAUCAAUUUUAUCGAGGUGCUUUAGCAGAACACUCUUCACGGGCGGUUGAAUGUUCUCCCUCUGCUUGUUUGCAAUAACACCUGGUCUCUCUGCUUCCCACUAACUUUUUUUUUUCUUCUUACUUGCAGGGAGCGGGUGCCAAAGUCCCUUUGUACAAAGAGAAUCUGGCGUUUUGCUAGUUAUUUUUUUUUCACAUUCAGGGACCGUUUGCUCGAAACACUAGCCGCGGCUAAAAGUUAGCCGCAGAACCUAGGAGAGAGAUUUUGACAUCACGUGACUGGCUCGGUAGGGAUGCGGGGGAACAUGGCGGUGCCCCGGUGAGUGAGCGCCGCUCGCUUUGGAACUUAUAUGUCGUUGUAGCUGCAAUGUCGGGCGCGUUAGUCAGCAACAAAUGGUGCAGGAGGUUUUCGCUUUGCCUUACGAAGCGUGAGCAAUGACCUCGCUGCAUCUUUUUUUUAUAGUCUUUCGAUUCUGGCCGUUCCCAAGCCUAAAUGAACGCGAUAAUUGUCGGCAUGGCAACGUCUUUGAAAAGUGGAUUGUCUUGACUCAAUCGGCCGGGUAUUGAUUGCACACGAAAGCAGACAGCGUCUCAAUAGACCUUUUUCUAAAUUACCCAAGCAUCAAGAACGCUGGAAGUGUAAUUCUACAGUCUGCACGCACUGGCCUUCUGCUUAUAAAAGAUCCAAAAUAAAUAAUCAUAGUAAGGCUUUAACGAACGCACGUGCAGGACAAACUUUGUUUUAGACUUUUUGCUUUAAAACAAUUAUACUACUGCAGACGCCAGCACGUGCAAGGCGAUCCACUUUCCAACGACGUUACCAUGCCGACAAUUAUCGCAUUCCUUUAGGCUUAGGAAUGGCCAUAAUCAAAAGACUAUCUAAAAAAUGCGGCGAGGUCAUUACUCAUGUUUUGCGAUUUAAGUGAGUUAAAGCAAAGCGAAAGCCUCCGCAACCAUUCGUUGCUGACUAACGUGUCCGACAUUGCAGCUGCAACGACAUAUUGGUUUUAAAGCGAGCGGCGCUCACACACCAGGGCACCAUCAUGUUUCCCCGGAUCCCUACCGCGCCAGUCACGCAAUUUCAAAAUCUCUCUCCUAGGUGCUGCGGCUCACUUUAGCCGUGGUUAACGCUUAGAGCAAACGGGCCCAGAUAUGUACAGGGCGCGGCAGUAAGGACCGGCACAUUCUGCACAACUUGCAAAGUCAAGUUCUUGCCGUACAUACCUGAAACUUUCACAAAAAGUUGAGUCAGUUUUUUAGAGCUCGACUCGUAGGUGGUGGGAUAUUAGGAAGUUUUAAUAUAGCGCACGCUAAAGCCUUGGGUAUGCGAAGAAUAGCACCGUCGCCUCUGUGCAUGCGCUUAAUGCUAGCCGUGUUUUGCGCUUUGGGUGCGCUAUUCUAGCAAACGCUUAAAAAUGGUGCAAAAAAUGGCGGCCAUGCAUUUUCUGUGUCCUACACACCAACAUGCGGCCCUGAUGUCACGCUGUUGUGGUGUCGCCGCUAUUGGUAGGGCGCAUAAGCUUCACUUCACGUGAAUCUGGUCCCUGUGCACGAUCAGUGCCCGCACCUCAGGGGGGAGGUUUGUUUGUUUGUUUGUUAAUAGCCUGUUGGCCUAUACCGGAUGGUCGUCGUCUGCACACUGGUUUGUGAGCUUGCUCCCAGCUGGUUUUUGUUUAAACAUUUUGUUACAAUGACUACUUCGCAACUAUCCUGUUCGUUGCCAGCCUUCACUAGGCGUUCUUGUGUUUGGCAAGCUACCCGCCAGCGAGCUCGCAAACCAGUGAGCAGACGACGAACAGGCGGGUAUGCACCGGCGCGCUGCUUACAAACAAGCCCGCGUUUGCUCACACCUGUGGGCACUGCGCGUGCGCAAAAAACAGAUUCGCGUAAGGUGAAGAGUCUGCGCAUGCGCAAUGCCGUCGACAGCGCCACCGCAGCUGCGCGACGUCAGGGCCGCAUGUUGGUCUAUAGGACGUUGCCGCCGUUUUUGCUCUUAAUAUUUCACCACCUCAGAGUUGAGCCCCAAGAAAAAAUUGGACAUAAAUUUUACGAAACGACGUUCACAUGCGCAGUUACAGGAUUAUGAAAUUUGGCGAGGCGUGCCAAACGUGCUGGACUUUACAGCCUCAUUCCGUACAUGCACUUACAGGGAUGCUGAGCCAAGCAUUUUAGUGUCUAUAAUAAGUAGCGCACAAUCUUUCCCCGAGCCAGCAGCCGCCGGUGUGAAAAUUGACGUCAUCAUAUCCCCCUUUCAUGAUGGGGGAUAUGAUGACUUUAAUUUUGUUGUGUGUGCUCGCACGCAUUGGCAGCUGCUGGAUAGAUUGUGCGCCACUUAUUAUAGACACUGAAAUGUUUGGUUCAGCAUCCCUUGAAGAAGCUGUUGACACAAAGUGUACUAAGAAUAUUCACCAGAAAAUAGGUAGAGGCGCCUUGUGUUCUGCGUGCGACUUGCGAGAAUUACCAUUCCUAAAAAAAAAAAACACUGGCAUCUCCGAAUGCAUGCUUGCCCAGACAACCCCGCAAUCUGCGCUCCAUCAAAAAGCCAGGAGGUUCUCGGCAUCUUCUACCUCUUUGGUGCAGACCAGCCGCGCGAUCGUAGGUGGUAUGCAAAUGGAGCAUCAUUUUAUUCAAAUGGGCCAAUCGCGGCGGCCACGGGAGACAAUACAAGGAGAAAAAGACAUCUAAAAAAAUCUUGCAUACCUCGAGAGCCAAAAAGGCGCAUUUUCCUUUCUUGCGUGUGUGUGUGUGUAUGUGUGAGGCAUCUCAUCUAUGUACAUCUUUACAAAUAAACCUUCGCGUUCACUC